GACAUCUUGGAGUUCAUCGGCGAGAUGCUUGGCCUCGGGCUGCCCGGGGUGACGCAGGCCAUCGCGGAUGCCAUCGUCGCUGAGCUGUUGCUGCCGCAGCUCUUCGUCCUUGCUGCCUGGCACCAACCUAAACCGGUCCAGCCUUGGCCAAUCUUCGACUGUUUCCCCGACGAGAUGAAGCCGCCGGCGAUCGUCCCCCGGCCAUCGGAAUUCUCCAUGUAUCAGGACAUGCUGCGGGCCAUGUCUCCGAGCCCAGUGGCAUCUCCAGCUGCAGCUCAGGAUGAAGCCGAACCCCCUGACGAGCUCGACGCCGUGCUGGCUGUCCGCUCGAUCGCUGCCUUCCUGCAGCAGAUGCGCAGGGAGCAGAUGACAGGUAUUAUGGUGCCGAUGAUCCAGCUGCUGCUGUGGCCGGUCGUUCCUGCACACUUUGCAGAGAGAAACGCGACGAGGACUUUCGGCUGGACGGAGGUGCGGCAGGGCUUCGUAGCGCUCAGCGCAGGCAAUGGCCUCGAG